AUUGCGAUGAUGGUUUUGCGAUGAUGGUUGUUGUGUUACAGAGACGGGAAGCAGGCGUCCGGGUUUUGGCAGAAUGUGGCCGUGUCCCCUCCCCCCUGGGCCCUGCGCCAGCCUCCUCCACCCCUCCCCGCCGCAUACCGCUGGAGAGAUCCUAAUAUAGCCCCGGCUGCUUUGUAGGAAAGGGUAACAAACCGCGCAGGAGUCGCCAAGAGUUCGAGUUUGCUGCUCUGCAAACCGACUUUUUCAUGGACACACAGGAGAAUCAUGGAGCCUCUCUCACAGGUGUCAUUCCCAGUAAAGAAGCAGGAAAAGCAGAAACAAGAGGCUGACGACACCGUCUACAUGAAUUUCAUGAAAAGCCACUGCUGCUACGAAGCCAUUCCAACCAGCUGUAAACUGGUCAUAUUUGAUACCACAUUACAAGUGAAGAAAGCCUUUUUUGCACUGGUGGCAAACGGCCUGAGGGCGGCGCCUUUAUGGGACAGCAAGCUGCAGAGGUUUGUGGGUAUGCUGACGAUCACAGAUUUCAUCAACAUCCUCCACUGCUAUUACAAGUCCCCUAUGGUUCAGAUGUACGAGCUGGAGUGCCACAAGAUCGAGACAUGGAGAGGUGACUCAUUUCAAAAUGUCUACUUACAGUGCUCCAAUCACUUCCUCAUUAGUAUCUCUCCAGAGGCGAGCCUCUUUGAUGCCAUCUACUCCUUGCUCAAGCACAAGAUCCACAGGCUGCCAGUCAUCGAUCCGCAGUCGGGGAAUGUCUUGCACAUCCUGACCCACAAAAGGAUCCUCAAGUUCCUCCACAUAUUUGGGAAGAAAGUGCCCAAGCCCACGUUCCUCGGGAAGCAGAUCCAGGAGCUGGGGAUCGGAACGUUCAGGAACAUCGCCACCGUUCGGCAAACGGCGACGCUCUACGACGCCCUCUCCAUAUUUGUGGAGAGGCGGGUGUCAGCCUUGCCUGUGGUGGACGACCAAGGCAAAGUGGUGUCGCUCUACUCAAGAUUCGAUGUGAUUAAUCUAGCGGCCCAGAAGACUUACAACAAUCUGGACAUGACCAUGCAGGAAGCCGUCCGCCGGCGCACGUGUUACGUCGAAGGGGUAAUCAAGUGCUACCCUGACGAAACCUUGGAAACUAUCAUAGACCGCAUUGUCAAAGCUGAGGUCCAUCGGCUGGUCCUGGUGGACAGGGCUGACGUGGUGAAGGGCAUCAUCUCUCUGUCCGACCUGCUGCAGGCCAUGGUCUUAACCCCGGCAGGUAUUGAUGCCCUUUUGUCCUAGCACCAAGGGGACGGAGGGUUCCCCUUCCCUCCUUUACCGCCUGUGUAGGCUUGAGUCCUGGUCAUGUAUCCAGCCAGGUAGGCCCUGGAGCCUCUUUGCAUCCCCAGCUUGUCCCCAUCUCCCCCGCAACAACCCAAGCUGUUAACUGGUUACCAGCACCCAGAGGGCUUAAGGGAAGGGUUUUCCCAGAAUUGAAAAUUCACUCAUUAUCCAAUCAGCCGCAAUGCCGAUGGAAAGUUUGGCUUCGCAGCAGCUUCACAGCACAACAUUGUUCCAGCAUUUUCCCAAAAACUCCGCAAGUGAAUGGGGACAUGAAUAAAAGUGCAAAUUACCAACCAAAAAAUACAGCAUGUUUGGCAUAAUUCAAGUCGCUGGAAGCCCCAAGAUCCCAAGUUGAUUUGAGCAGAUGGUGUGUACGUUAACGCUUUUAGCUUAGCAGAUUUUGCCUUGUAAACAAGGGUGUACAACAUAACGUCUUAUUAAACCAAUUUUUGCUCUCCGGGCUCCCAAAGCCAAAAAAAAGCUCAGAGAAUCCUGAAUUAAUUUAAAGAAAUGUUGUUUUACUUCAGUUGUUUUGGAGAAUGCUGUUUUGCUGUGAAGCUCCAGGAAAUGUCCUGUGGGCCACAAAACAUCACCCGACCUUCCGCUGGCACGGGUGAUUCGAUGAUGACUGGAUUUUUACUUGUGGGCGAACGAUUCCUGUAACCUCACCUGUUCUUUUGUGAAUGUGCAAUACGAAACCGUGCGCUGCUUUCACGUUGCUCCACUCUUGCGUGAAAGCGACUGAACCCAGUGCACAAACCCACAGGCACGCAUGUGCUGCUUGGCUUCAUUUUUUUUUUUUUUUUCGAUGAUGCUCGUCAUAGUUGCUAAGUAUCUUCUGUUUAUG